UUUGAAGGACGCAACAAAACCACAUCAGAAAGACAUCAGAGACUCAUCACAUCACUCGCUGGAUUCACUGGAUUAUUUUUCUUUCACCAUUAUUUGGAACAAAGAAAACAAACUUGACUGGUUUGUGUCAUUGUGGUGCUGCAUGGCCCACUUUCUCCUGAGAUUCAGGUCACAGACAGAUGUUCUGAUGGUUUUCUUUAGAAUUUGCUGCUAUAAUUCAAAAUUGAUUGUGUGAUUAAUGAUGGUGAGCCAGAUGGGCCAAACCAUGAUACUAUCAGCAGCAUGUUUCAUUGUAGUGGUGGUAUCAUUGAUGGGAUAAAUGGACUGGUGCUUAUAUAGUGAUUUUCUAUUUUCAUGUGGACUAAAGUAGUGGACUGACCAACAGACUGACAUUAACAUCAGAGCCGUGCUGCUAGUGUGGCUAAAAGAAAAGAGAAGAAGAGACAGUCAUGUUGAUAUGAACAUUAGAGAAACACAUCAUGGAGCUGAAAUAUGAUCCUGCUUCCUCAUUUGGACUCAUUCACCUCAGCUGACACAUUCAACAGCAGACAGGUUUUUGUAGCAGUCUGUCUCACUGUGGGAGGAGGCAGCUACCCCAUCUUUGGCUCUGGAACUAAACUGUCUGUAACAGAUGAGCAGGUAGUGAAGCCCGUGGUGAGCGUGUACCCAGCAGCAUCCAGAGCCCACCUGGAGGGGAACAGCUCCCUGCUGUGUGUGGCCUCAGCCAUGUUUCCUCCUCUGGUCCAGUUCUCCUGGAAAAGACAGAAGAAGAACGGCGGAGAACCAGAGGAGCUGCCCCCUGCUGAGGGAGAGCAGCUGGAGCUCAGAGAGUCGGGACGCACCAUUGCCAUCAGGAUGCUUGAUGGGAGUGAUUCUGACACAUAUAAAUACAGCUGCUGGGUGAAGCACGAGGGGGGCACAGUGGAGGCCCAAACACAACAAGAGGUUCCAGCUCCAGCAGCCUCCUGUCCUCCAGAGAGAGAGCCAGCAGACCUGCCAGCUCUGCAGCCAGCUGACUUGUCCUUCCAGUCUCAGUGCAGGGUGAAGCUGCUCUGCCUGCUGUACACAGUGCUGAUAGUGAAGAGUCUGGUGUACUGCUGUGGACUCUCUCUGCUGAUGAUCCUCACAAACAAGGGACCGUCCACCAACUGCACACAUGCUGACUGACUGUUUUCUGCUCGCCUUUUCUCACCAUCAGAUUUCCUCGAGUCAGCAGUCAAAAAUGUAAAUUAAAUUGUGGUUGGUUCAAUGUGUCUUUAUGAAGCAUUUGACCUUUUCUCAUUUAAUCAUCUUAAACUGUGUAAUAUAAAUUUACAAAUAAACAUGUUUGAUGUGUUUGUAUGAAGUGUAGAUUCUUUAUGUGAAGUUUUAAUCUUUUGUACAUCUCUGCAGAAAAACUCAACUGAUGCAUUCAGAACCCACCAUAA